AUGAGAAGGAAAGGAGGCAAGGUCCUGACGGCGCUGGCCGCGGCGGCAUUCGGGUUCGUCGUCGGCAUUUCUUUUCCGGUGGUGAUCACACCCAAGUUUGCAGAGGUUGCAACAGCAAGAAAAGCUGAUGAAGGCACGGAGAGGCGGCUGCCACCGGGGAUCGUGGUUUCGGAGACCGACCUUCACCUGCGCCGGCUCUGGGGAUCCCCAACACAGGACAGCGCGACUCGCAAAUACCUUCUUGCGCUCGCCGUAGGGUACGAUGAGAAAGCCAAUGUCAAUGCAACCAUUCAGAAGUUCUCCGACAACUUCGACAUCGUGCUGUUCCACUACGAUGGCCGCACCACGGAGUGGGAUGAGGAGUUUGAGUGGUCCAAGGAGGUCGCGCAUGUCAGCGCAAGGAAGCAGACCAAAUGGUGGUUUGCCAAGAGGUUCCUGCACCCGAGCAUCGUGGCACCUUACGACUACAUCUUCCUAUGGGACGAGGACCUCGGUGUCGAGAAUUUUACCGCGGAAGCGUACCUUGACAUCGUGAGGAAGCACGGGCUAGAGAUCUCGCAGCCGGGGCUAGACGCAACCGAUGGGACGACGAAUUAUCAUAUCACCAUCAGGAGAAAUGACAGCGAGAUUCACAACACAGAUGCAGCGAGGGAAAGUUGCCGGGGCGUGCACAAGCCGCCAUGCAGCGGGUAACACUAGUAGAAAACAGGGCUUUUGUCAC